AUGUCGAACAACACCAGACUCAGGAAAAGGUCGUCCGCUCCUCUCUCAGAAGAGUCAUCAUCGCGUCCUCCUUCUCCUACCCAGCAGCAGCAGCCCUCGAAGCGCCCACCUCAAGGCCCCGCUCCUGCACUUCCAAUCGGUGUCCCUGCAGCUGUAGCUGUGACCCAACAAGUUGUUUACACCGCUUUGAGCAUGGAUGAGGACGAGGAGCAGGAGGGUGAAACCGAUGAAGAGGACGUGGAGGAGGAUGAAGGCGACGAGGAUGAUGACAAUGAUGAUGAUGAUGAGGAGGAGGAGGAGGAGGAGGAGGAGGAUGGGACCGAGAGUGAGGAACAGGAUGACAGCCAGGACGAAGACUACGAGGACGAAGAGGAUAACGAGGACAACUGCAAGAGGCGAAAAGAUUUCGACAAGAACCGCAGGGAGUACGAGAACGACAUGCUCCAUCGGCAACGCGAGCAAGAAGGGGAGAGCGACGUUCAUGCGGACGAUGAAGCCUCAAGUCAGGAAGAUUCGAGUCAGGGGAGUCCGAGUCAGGGACACCCUGCGGCGGCGGCGACGGCGCCAGUGACAGUGAUUGAUGAGGAGGAGGUGGAGGAUGGGGAGGAGCCAGAGAUGUUGGAGACUGUUGAGGAGAAUUACCAGCGGUUUUAUUCACAUGGCGAUUUUGAUGGAGAUGACUCGAGUUCGGCUAUGGGCGGCGCAGGAAGCACCAAUAGUAGUUCUAGGAGCAGCAGCAGCGACAACGAUAGGAGAGACGACAACGGCCGUUAUGGCAAUGGUGUCUCUGCGUCGUCAUCGUUGUCAUCAUCGGCAUCGACACCAAAGGUCCGGUCGAGGUAUACCAGUGGGCUUGCGGGUGGUGGUGAACAGUUCAGGAACCAUACGAUUCAGGAACCUCUCCCUGGGACUUUGCAGACAUGCCUGAUCGAGAUUGACUCUCUGCCACCAUCCGAAAAUGGCGAAGAGGAGGCCCCCAGAGUGCGAUACCACCCUGAGCAUUUUAUCGUCCGUGAGCGGAUCAACGACAUGUACCGGCUCCUGGCGCACAACGAGAACUUUUUGGAUGAGACACCACCAUCUUCACCAACGUCACCAUUGUCGGCAUCACGAAUCCUCGCCCUCUCGCAGGCACUCUCUCUCGCCGGCCGAUCGCUGAAUACUGUCUCAGACUUGAUGGAUCUCCUUGUCAGGACAUACCUCCCUCAGUUCUGGCUCUACCGCGCCAAGAACAAACACCUCAACCGAUUCGCACGGAAACAGCCCAAGAACCCUCGUCCUCGAGAGAGCACCCUGCUGGCGACGUGUGUCGAUUGUGGGUUCAAGUUCGAGAAGACGCCCGUGUUUGCACCUCCGGCAACGGUGCGGAAGGUGGAUAAUGAGAAAAGAGCGGUGGAUAAUAAGAAGCAGGGACGUGGUAGUAAGAAUACGAGGGCGGCGGCUAAGGAGAGGGCGUUGAUUUCUGCGACGUUCUUGCGCAAGUAUUAUCAGGACCGGUUUCCGGGCGCCGGGAUUCACUACUGGAACAGUCAUCUUACCCCGCAAGAUGUGGACGAUAUCUUUAACAAUAAUCGGCAGGAGGAUGAUUAUGAUGGGAAUCUUGAUCAUUUUGGGUUGAAGGAGGAGGGGCAUCAUGUGGAUUGUCCGACGAACUUUUAUUCGACUUCGGAGAAGGCGACAAAGCUGCACUUUGGAUGGGACUUGGCUGUGGGGUAUCAGCAUUCUGGUGUUCCGAGGUUCCCUAAUCCGCAACGCACCGCCCCUCCACCACCACCACCAUCACCUUGCCCUCCUCAACCUCACUGUCAUUCUUUGGCGCCACCUGGAAUGCCAACCCCAUCGCCAUCUCCAAGAUCCUCACCACCUCGAACACCAAAGCCAGGCUCGGGCACUCCUCCACCUCAACACCAACAACACCCGCACUCAAGACCACAUACCUACUAUCCAUCCCGGUCCCUGAUGGCCUCCUUUUGCCACCUCCUCCCACGAGACCUGGAUCUCACCACCAACGAUCUCCGAAAAUUGUUCACCUAUUUCGUUUGGCACCCCUGGUUCGAUUGCGACUUUCAGGCGAUCACGAUUCGACGAGGGUACGAGGAGUUGUGGCCCUUGUUCCUGUUACGGGAUGAGGAUGAUGAGGUGACGGAGCAAGAGAAGCAGGUCGAGAACGGAAAUAUCUUUGAAAUCAAGAAGAAGAAACGACUUGAGGCGGCGUUGAGGAAACUCGAGACAAAGAAGAACGGUAGCAAGAGUGCCUCCAAACGGAAACAGAAACUUCCAAUGGCCCCAAAAGCUCCAGAGCCACCUCUAACACCAGCAUACAUCGAAUACAAGCGGCAAACCCAGAUGGAAACCCGGUUCACGACCAGUUUCGAGCGUGGGUUGAGUAACCAUGGCGUGAUCCGGACGAUCAGAAACCGGAGCCUGGAAGAAUAUACUCGUGUAGCCCGGCAGGUUCGGUGGGGAUGGGUGUUUGGGCCACGGCUCCGUCAGCAUCAGAGUCAGGAUCUGGGACAGAAUCAGGAUCUGGGCCAAGAUCUCGGGCAUACAGCAGCAACAACACCGGCGGCACCACACAUCACCCACUUUGAAAAAAAUCCAACAUACCCGGGAUCGAUCCACAUCUUCACAGCCAACGACCGGACGUUAGUCGAAAAGGGCGGGAAACUGUAUUUCGAGCCAGACGAGUGGUACCCUGUAGAAGAAAUCCCCCGAUUCCAGAACACGGCCUGGACACGACCAGAGCGCGCGGAUGCAUUGGACAGGUUGAAGAGGGAGGUGAAGGAGUGGUGGAAUAGGGAUGCGGAGGUUCAGAGGAAGAAGUUGGGAUUUAUGUUGCCAGAGUUUGCAAGAGUCCGGAGGUGGCCGGCGGGAAUGUUAGAGAUGGUUGCUGGCAAGUUGGUGUUUGAGGUGGACAAGUCGGCUGUAGAAAAGGAGGAGGAAACUGAGACUUUGGUGGCGCAAACCAGGACUCCGGCAAGGGCAACAACCAAACUACCACCAGCAAAGACAAGGCAGGCGAGAGUUAGGACUGUCAACAGGAGGGGAGCCUAUAUGGAUAUCGAUUAUUCCCCUUCGACUUCCACCACCGAUCGAUAUCGACCAGUCACUAGAUCGGUGAGGACUGCCAGGUCAACAGUGGCAGCGGCACCAGUUAGGAAUCAGAGCCAAGUUCAGGACAUGGACAUGGAUGUUGAGAUGACCACUACCAGCACUUCCAGAGCCCGUGCAGUGCCGCCAUGGGAACCCAGCACUAGGUCGGGACGAGGUCAGCAGCAACCAUCGCAGCCACAGCAUUACCAGGUCCGUACGCCUGGUACGACCGCUAUCAGCACCUCAAGUCCUCGAACGCAGCUAAAUUCAGUCCAGCCACAUUUCAUGACAGUAAUCCCAUCGACCAACACCAACACCAAUGUCAAUACUGUCGCAAGACCUAUGGCGGUUGCAACAGGACUUCCCACUACUUUUUCGUUGGCUAACUUCAGUACAGGAGCAGGACCUAUGACGACAUCAGCGAAACCUCCCACCACUUUACCAUCGUCCAGGGUCAAUACUGUCGCAAGAAAAAUGGUGACAGUAGAGCCUCCUUCCACGACAUUCCCAUCGACCAACCUCAACACUUUCCCAUCGACCAACACCUAUAUCAAUACUGUCGCAGGACUGAUGGAGUCAGCGGGACCUUUCGCCAGCGCUUGUGGCAUCCAUGCAACAAAUGUGGACAAUUUUAUUUCCAACCUCACCAACCCCAAGGCCGACUUUUGGGAGAUUUACAAUCAGUAUAUGCAAAGUGGCGGAAGUUACGAGUUUAUCCCAGUGGACAAUAAUGCGGCUCAAAAACAGGAUUUGGUUUCCACUGCUGCCGCCGCCGCCACCCCCACUGUCGCGCAGUCCCAAUCACUUAACUCUUUGCUUACUCCGGGUGCGCUCUUGGCUCAGUAUUAUUCUUCCCAUCCGGCGGAGCCUACUAUGGGGUUUCAAGGUAUUUUGCCUGGGCAAGCUACUAUCGCUCCUACUCCCUAUUUUUCAGUGAGUGGCCAGCAAAACAAUGGCAUGAACGAUAUGAGCCAGUUCUUGAACAUGGGUGCGAUGAGAGAUGCUAGUAUUGACAAAUCGCCAUCAAGUCUAAAUGGGAACGAUUUGAAAGGCGGGUUCGCAAGGAUGAAAAUUGGAGAUAGGUUGAUGAUGAUGGACAUUGAGGUGGAUGAGGAUCCUAAGGUGACACGAUAG